CACUCUUGCUUGGGCCUUCACCCCCCAUUACCGUCUUCGCACCUUUCUACUUGGAUUUCCGUUGAACAGAGCUCUCAAUUGAAUUAAACCUCACGAGCUACGGUUUCGAGCUUGAUUUGCAGUGGCCAUGGCACUCAAUCUCCGCCAGAAACAAACAGAAGUUGUAGUACGAAUGCUGAAUCUGAAUCAACCUGUGAACUCAACUGGAACUGCCAAUGAAGAGGUGUACAAGAUCUUGAUUUAUGAUAAAUUUUGCCAAAAUAUUUUGUCUCCAUUGAUUCAUGUUAAGGAUCUGCGUAAACAUGGUGUUACACUUUACUUUCUGAUUGACAAGGAAAGGAAACCUGUCCAUGAUGUGCCGGCUGUGUAUUUUAUUCAGCCUACUCAAUCCAAUAUCCAGAGAGUAAUAGCUGAUGCUUCGAGGUCACUCUAUGAUAGCUUCCACCUGAACUUCUCUUCAUCAAUACCCAGGCCACUUCUGGAAGACCUUGCAUCUGGGACCCUGAGUUCAGACUCAAUUGAUAGGAUUGCAAAGGUCCAUGAUCAGUAUUUGGAGUUUGUUACGUUAGAGGAUAAUUUAUUCUCCUUGGCACAGAAGUAUUGUUACAUGCAUCUGAAUGAUCCAUCAGCUGGGGAUAAAGAGAUUGAAGAGAUUAUUGAAAGGAUUGUCAAUGGAUUAUUUUGUGUUCUGGCUACGCUUGCCGUGGUACCAAUUAUUAGGUGUCCGCGCGGUGGCGCUGCAGAGAUGGUUGCUUCAGCAUUGGACCAGAAGCUCAGGGAUCAUUUGUUCUCAAAAAACAAUUUGUUUUCUGAAGGUGGAAAUUUUGUCAGCUCAUUUCAACGUCCAAUUUUGUGCAUCUUUGAUCGGAAUUUUGAGUUAUCAGUUGGGAUACAACAUGAUUUUAGGUACCGUCCCCUUGUACAUGAUGUUCUUGGCUUGAAGCUUAAUAGAUUGAGUGUGCCAGGGGAGAAAGGUGGGACAAAGUCAUAUGAAUUGGAUAGCUCAGAUCCAUUUUGGGCAGCAAAUGGAUCAUUGGAAUUUCCUGAAGUUGCUGUGGAGAUUGAGACUCAACUGAACAAGUAUAAGAAGGAUGUUGAUGAGGUGAAUAGAAGGACUGGUGGGACUGAUGGAGCUGAGUUUGAUGGGACAGACUUGAUUGGGAACACAAAGCACCUGAUGAAUGCAGUUAACUCCCUGCCUGAGUUGACAGAGCGGAAGCAAGUCAUUGAUAAGCAUACCAACAUUGCAACUGUGUUGUUGGGGGAGAUCAAGGAGAGAUCUCUUGAUUCCUAUGCAAAGAAAGAGAAUGACAUGCUGGUUAGGGGAGGCAUAGAUCGGAAUGAAUUAUUGGGUGUACUUAAAGGAAAAGGUGACAAGAUGGAUAAGUUGCGGUUUGCCAUAAUAUACCUUAUUUCUUCAGAAACCAUUAAUCUAUCUGAAGUAGAGGCAGUGGAAACAGCUCUUAGAGAGUCCGAGGUUGAUACUAGUGCAUUUCAGUAUGUGAAGAAGAUCAAGUCAUUGAAUGUUUCAUUGGCAUCAGCAAAUUCUGCAAGUAGAAGUAACAUUGUUGAUUGGGCUGAGAAACUGUAUGGGCAGUCACUAAGUGCUGUGACUGCAGGUGUUAAGAACCUAUUGGCUAGUGAUAGGCAGCUGGCAUUGACAAGGACAGUGGAAGCUUUGAUGGAGGGGAAGCCAAACCCUGAAAUUGAUUCUUAUCUUGUAUUUGAUCCUCGUGCCCCUAAGUCAAGCUCUGGGACUAGUAGCAGCCAUCUAAAAGGACCAUUCAAAGAAGCUAUUGUUUUCAUGAUUGGAGGUGGCAAUUAUAUGGAGUAUGGUAGCUUGCAAGAGCUUGUACAGCAUCAGCAGCCAGUCAGGCAUGUCAUAUAUGGGACAACUGAAAUUUUAACUGGAUCAGAGUUUGUUGACCAGCUUUCAUCAUUGGGGCAGAAGAUGGGUUUGGGCAGUAGUGUUGCUGCUUCAUCUACACAUUAAGACACAUGGCUUUUUGUAUGCAAUACCCAAAAGUUGCUCUUUGCUGGUCAAUGUCUCAAGGAGGGGGCAUGGGCAAGUGUUAGAGAUACUAUCUUUUCAAGUCAAUGUAGAUUCGAAGCCAGUUUUCUAUUUAGCCCACACAGUAAGUCUCCCUACCGGCUGUUAUAUGGAGAAUUGAACCAUCUUCCACUUUUUGAUGAAUUUAUUUUUGUGUUUUCCUUAUAUUUGAGUAUAGAUAUCUGACAGCUGCUAGACUUGUAUCUCAAUUCAAAAUUCUUGCCCUUGCCAUUGGAGUAUUAUUCCCUAUUUUCAUUUUAGGACUUUUCAGUAUUGCGAUUUCAUUGAUGACCAAAAAAAGGUGCUGCAAUUUCAUUGCAUAUAAUGAAUGUAUGAGUGAUCU